AUGAAGCGUCUUUUAUCUUUGUUCCUUCUCGCUGAGCUUGUCGGUUUGACCCUUGCCCAGGUCAAAGUUCAGAACGCCAAUGUCGAACCCGAGCUUGUCGUCCCAAACAGUUAUAUCAUUAAGUACAAACCGAAACUUUCCUCCAGCAGCAAGAAGAAGCAUGAAGAAUUCAUCCAUAAGAAGGCAAAAAUUCUGAGCUUCAGCCGAGGUGGGCUAGAUGUUAACAUGAGUAUUCAGGUCGAUUAUAUUGAGCAGGAUACGAUUGUGAACGUCUCUGCUGUUGCAGCGCCCAGCUCAGGCCUGAUCACGAAACGCGGAUUGACCAGCCAGGCAUCUGCGCCAUGGGGUCUUGCCCGCAUCUCUCAAGUCUAUUCUGAGAAGGGUGUGGACGCUAGAUACAACUACGAUUCGACGGCUGGUUCUGGCUCAACCGUUUAUAUCCUCGACUCUGGCAUCCGAACUACGCACAAGGAGUUUGGUGGUCGUGCCCUCUGGGGCACUAACUUCGUUAGUGGCUCUCCUGAUACAGACGAGUUUGGCCACGGGACACAUGUUGCUGGCACUGUAGGUGGUAAGUCCUACGGCGUAGCUAAAGGUUGCAGGAUGUAUGCAGUCAAGGUGAUUGACAAGGACGGUCUUAGUAGCAUGUCCACUACCCUUCAGGGCCUACAGUGGGCUGUCAACCACGCCAAGUCCCGUGGUAUCACCAAGAAGAGCAUUAUCAACGCAUCGCUUGGCGGCCCCUAUACCAAGAUCGGCAAUGAUGCUGUCAAAGCUGCCACUGAUCUCGGCAUCACUAUCGUGGUGGCAGCUGGAAACGAUGGGACAGAUGCUGCAAACUACUCGCCUGCAUCCGCUCCAUCAGCCAUCACUGUUGGCGCUAUUGACUCGACUAGUUAUCGCACCUUGUGGUCAAAUUAUGGCCAGGCAGUGGAUAUCUUUGCACCCGGUAGUGACAUACUCAGCGCGGGGCAUAUGAGCGACUCUAGCAGUUUGUACAUGUCAGGUACAAGCAUGGCUGCGCCGCAUGUUGCUGGUCUUGCGGCGUAUUUCAUGGCGAAGGAGGGGCUUCAGGGAUCUAGUGCUGUGACCAAGCGCAUCAUCGGCGCUGCUGAUACGAGUGGUGUUUACUACGCUUUUGAUAGUCCCCAACGUGUUGCUUAUAAUGGUGGUGGCAAGUAG